CAUCGCUAUAAAUAGACUUCGAAGAGCUCCAUGGAUGAUUUCAUUGUCAAUUCUCCGCGGCCAUCCUUAGAGAGGUGACGGUGUUAGAGUUGUGACGGAAAGAUUUGGCACACGAAAGUUGGGUGGCACAUCGUGGUAGACAGAAUUGUAUUCACAUAGUUUUUAUUUAUCUUCUUGUAAUCGUGAGCUAUCUUUUGUUGAACGGUUUGCGGAAAUUGCAUCAUAACUGGGGCAGCUGAAAACCCAUGUGGCGGUAGAGGUGAUUUUCUUAUGGAUGCUUGUGAUUGUAAUUCUUAGUAUAGUUCGCGCAUGAUUUUCAAGCACUACUUUAUUCAGAACAAACGAAAUCCUGUGUGAGGUGAAGGUGGUGGGUGGCUAUCGAAUGCUGUUCACCUAUGGCGCUAGCGACAUCAAGACGCCCAGCGCCUGAUCCUGUUGCUGUUCUCCGUGCUCAUCGAGCUGCUGUCAACGUGCUAGCUUUUCACACACCCUCCGGCGCUCUUCUCUCCGGUGAUGCUGAUGGAGAAUUGAAAAUAUGGGACCUUGUGAAACAUCGACCUGUGUUUUCGUCGAGAGUUCAUACUCCGUCGGCUGGAGUGCUUGGAAUUGGUGUCAGCUCAGCAUUAAACAACAAGAUUAUAAGCCAAGGUCGAGACGGCACCGUGAAGUGCUGGCAGCUGACAGAAUCGAGCUUGUCAAGACAACCAAUCUUGAGUGUAAAGUCAGAAUCUUAUCAUUUCUGCAAACUCGCAGUUGCAAGGCGUUGCACUACAAAUGAUGAAUCUCAUGAGGAUACGAGAGGAGCGGCAGGCCAGAUUUUGAUGGCCAUUGCUGGAAAUGAUACAUCUAAAGUAGAGAUCUGGGACAUCACUUCUGGUCAAAGGGUGCAGCUCUUGUCGCCGAAAGACUCUUCUGUAGGUAUGUGUAUGUCACUGCACAUGAUCUUUCAGUCUGGGGAAGGUGACCAGUGUACAGUAGUUGCCGGAUAUGAAGAUGGCAGCAUGUUGAUGUGGGACACACGGCAUCCAGCUGCGCCUUUGCUACAAUCUAAGCAACACAAAGAACCUGUCCUCAGUCUCGUACUGGAUGGACCCGGACUAGGAGGUAUUUCAGGUUCUGCUGAUGGGCAACUUACACUCUUUUCUUUCAAUAGUACUGAGAAAGUGUACACUCCAAAGAAGAAGUUCGAAGGGCAAGCAGGAAUAGGUGAUAUUGCACUACGAGGUGAUGAUAAAAUUUUUGCAACUUCUGGUUGGGAUCACCGGGUUUCCAUUUAUGACUACCGACGUCGCAAGCCUCUGGCUUUUCUUAAAUAUCACAAAGAGAUCGUGAAUGGGGUGGCGUUCUCGGAAGACAAAAAAUGGUUAGCCUCAGGAUCGAAGGAUUCAACCGUGGCUUUGUGGUCCUUGUACCCGCCUUCUGAAGGAACUUCAAAAUCCGUGGAGUAAAACAGGUUGGUCACGUAUUUUGUAAUUGUGGAAGCAAUCGUUGUAAACAUUCCACAAAAAUUAUUUUUGAAAUUGUUGUCUUCGUGUUGUGACACUUGUAUCGUAAUUCAAAUGUGGUAACUUCAAUCACAUUCUUACGAUGGCCGUCUGAUGGCAACCUCCAAGUGAGAUGACGUUUCAUCAGUAGAGAAGACAACGUUUUCGACAGAAAAGUCUUUGGUAAUGUUCGGAGUCUAUUUUUGAAGGGCUUAUAUUAUGUAAUUUAUGGUUUAUGCAUGGGAAAUAGGAUGUGAGAUCAGACACUUACAUUUAUUGAAUAAUAGAAGCCUAUAUUUUGCA